AUGGAAGAUGAGGACAAUAAUUCUAGUGAGACCGGUAUUCCAUUGGGUGAUGCUUCGACUAGAGGCAGUAAGGUUAAUUCAGAACUUGUAAUGGAUUAUAGUAAUGAAUUUGUUACUUAUGGGAUAUUCAAGAGUCGAGAUGAGUUAAUUCAAUGGGCACGUCAAGUUGGAAGAAGAAAUGGAUUCGUUAUUGUCGUGCAGAAAUCAGAUGGAGGUGGUAUUCGAGCCACAUAUGAUGACUGGAACUUGAUAGUUAUUUGUGGUGUGCAUAAUCAUCCUGCUACAAAAUAUCUUGAGGUUCAUUCUUAUGCUAGAAGGUUAUCACAUGAGGAAACCUCUUUGUUGGUAGACAUGUCGAAGAGUAUGGUACGACCAAGUGAGAUAUUGGUUACAUUGAAACAACGUGAUGAUGCAAAUGCUUCCACAAUGAAGACAAUUUACAAUGCACGUCAUAAGUAUAAAGUUGCUAAGGAAGCUGGGAGAUCUCAAAUGCAACAACUAUUAGGUCAGUUAGCGAUGAACAAGUACAUUGAGUGGCAUAGGAGCUGUGCAGAUACUGAGACAGUGACUAAUUUGUUCUUUGCACAUCCUACUAGUUUGAAGUUGUUACGUGCAUUUCCAAAAGUAUUGCCGAUGGAUUGUAUUUAUAAGACCAAUCGAUAUCGGUUGCCCAUUCUGGAGAUUGUAGGUGUGACAUCGACAGACAUGACCUUUUCAGUUGCAUUUGCAUACCCCCAGUAUGAGAAAGAGGAUAACUAUACAUGGGCACUUGGUCUUUUGCGUAGUGUCAUGGAUGAAAAUACUCUUCCUUCUGUUAUUGUCACAGAUAGAGAAUUGGCCCUUAUGAAUGCCAUAUGUACGGUGUUUCCUGCAACUACAAAUUUGUUGUGUAGAUGGCAUAUUGGAAAAAAUGUGCUUGCUAAUUGCAAAAAGAUGUUUGAGACAAAGGAUAAAUGGGAAAUGGUUGAGAGUUCACAUGCAAAACUUAAAAGAUAUCUUGGAUCAAGUCAAGAAAAUUUUGAGUCAAAUUGGACAAGGAUACACAAUUUACUUGAGUUGCAACAUAGUGAAAUAAAAUCAUCAUUUGAGAAAAGCAAGAUAGUUGUGCAACAUGAUUUCAAACCUGCGCAAUUUAAGGAGCUUCAUGGUAAUGUCUCAAUUACUGCAUUAGAGAUCAUAUUGGCAGAGUUUAAACGAGCAUCUUCUGUUGGUAUUGAUAUUACUGCAUAUGGAUGUGUUGUUUGA